AUGGCCUCUAAAGAUGCACAGAACCAAGGAAGUAGAGGCCUACCUGGUUUUCUUCCUGGAGCUUCAGACCCAGACCACAGCCUUUAUGUCUCAUCUUCCAAUCCAGAGAACCAAGUGUGGCAGUCAGGUCACCCUCCACCAGGCAGCCUCCCUCCUGGUCUAGAUUAUUUAAGUCAGUUAGACCUGAUCGUUGUGCACCAGCAGGUGGAGCUUCUUGGAAUGAUACUUGGCACUGAAACUGUAAACAAAUAUGAGAUUAAAAACAGCUUGGGACAAAGAAUAUACUUUGCUGUGGAGGAAAGUGUCUGCUUCAAUCGUACUUUCUGUUCCACACUUCGAUCUUGCACUCUGAGGAUCACAGACAACUCGGGUCAAGAGGUGAUUACAGUAAACAGGCCCUUGAGGUGUGACAGCUGCUGGUGUCCUUGCUUCCUACAAGAGUUAGAAAUCCAAGCUCCUCCUGGUACUGUAGUUGGUUAUGUGGCACAGAAGUGGGACCCAUUUCUGCCUAAAUUCACAAUACAAAAUGCAAACAAAGAAGAUAUUUUGAAAAUUGUUGGUCCUUGUGCAACAUGUGGCUGUUUUGGUGAUGUGGAUUUUGAGGUGAAGACCGUUAAUGAAAAUCUUACAAUUGGGAAGAUUUCAAAGUACUGGUCCGGGUUUGUAAACAAUGUUUUCACCAAUGCUGACAACUUUGGGAUUCAUGUUCCUGCGGAUUUAGAUGUGCGAGUCAAAGCAGCCAUGAUUGGUGCCUGUUUUCUCUUUGUAAGUUCAGGAGGCACAGAGAACACCAAGAAAGAAGAACCUAAACUGGUCUACAACCAGAUACAUCAUGAUUAA